AAAAAAAGUAAAAAAAAUAAGUUAUUCGUUUCUUAACAUUUUAAUUGGAAACCAUCAAAACAAUCACGUGUAUUGUGUACAUUUUUAUUCAAUUUCAACAGCAGGUAUUUGUCUUUAAGGUGUUAAAAAUGCCUAGAGGACGACGUGCGAACAUCGGUCGCCGCACAAGACAUGCAAGUCAGCAACAAGUGUAUUCACAGAACUUAAGCGAAGAAAGACAAAAUAUAAUAAGAGAAAAUGCCCGAUUGAGACAACGCGUGAGCACACGAAGAUCAUUGGCAUCAUACAAUCGCUUGGCAUUCCAAUAUGAUCCCACUGCGAACUACAGUGAUGAUGAAAAUUUAAAUAUUGGACCAAUGACGACUGUAUGCCGAUAUUGCAAUGCGUUAAAGUUCAAAAGAGAAACGGCUGGAUUGUGCUGCGCAAGUGGAAAAGUCAAACUGGAUCCAUUACUUACACCACCACAGCCACUGAAACCAUUGUUCGAUGGAAGUGAUCCCGAUUCCAGCCAUUUUCUUCAACACAUCCUUGAAUACAAUAACUGCUUUCGCAUGACUUCCUUAGGAGCUAACAUCAUUCGAGAAGGCGGCUUCAUGCCGACUUGCAAGAUACAAGGACAAAUAUAUCAUUUGCAUGGUUCAAUGGUGCCAACACCAGAUGAACCGCAUCAAUUUCUGCAAAUAUAUUUCAUUUCGUCGAUGGUGGAUCAGCUGAAUGUGCGGUGUAAUAUACAGGGAACACAACAGUUAAAGAGACGGAUUAUUGAACAGUUGCAAGCAUUUUUUCACGCUAAUAACGCUGUGGUUAAUAUGUUCAAAACAGCAUUGGAACGAAUGCCAUCGGAUACGCACAAAUUUGUCAUAAGAGCGGAUUGUACCCCAACAGGUGAACAUGUGCGAAGAUUCAAUGCACCCACCGUUAAUGAUGUUGCUGCAAUUAUUGUUGGCGAUCCAACUAAAUCGCGAGACAUUGUCGUUCAGCGAAGAAGCAAUAUCAUGCAUCGUGUAAACGAGACACAUCGUUUGUACGAUGCGUUACAAUAUCCAAUCAUUUAUUGGCAAGGGCAAGACGGAUACGACAUCACGUUGAAGAUGGUCGAUCCAAUUACAAGCGUAUCAACGAAUAAAAAUCUAAGCGCAAUGAAUUACUAUGCGUAUCGUAUGAUGAUUCGUACACAUGAGGAGAAUGUCAUUCUGAAGUGCCGUCGGCUAUUCCAGCAAUUCGCUGUCGACAUGUAUGUCAAAGUCGAGACAGAACGUUUAGCGUUCAUCCGAUUCAAUCAGGCAAAGCUACGAUCUGAGGACUAUAUACACUUGCGUGAUGCUAUUCAUUCAGAUGGUGAUGUUCAGAGUAUUGGACGUCUGACGAUUCUCCCAUCAUCUUAUAUCGGAAGCCCACGCCACAUGCACGAAUACGCUCAAGACGCUAUGACGUACGUGCGAAAUUAUGGAACUCCCGAUUUAUUUAUUACGUUUACAUGCAAUCCGAAGUGGACGGAAAUUGAACGUGAGUUGGAACCGGGCCAAAAACCGCAAGAUCGCCAUGACAUAAUCGCCAGAGUAUUUCAGCAAAAACUUAAGGUCAUGAUGGAUGUGCUUACUAAGUAUCGAGUUUUUGGUGACACACGUUGUUAUAUGUACUCGGUGGAAUGGCAGAAACGUGGACUACCGCAUGCUCAUAUCCUAACUUGGUUGCUGAACAAAUUACAUUCAAAUGAAGUGGAUGACAUCAUAUCAGCUGAAAUUCCUGAUCCAGUCACUGAUCCCCAUCUACACGACAUUGUGACGACACAGAUGGUGCAUGGACCGUGCGGUGCAUUAAAUCCAUUAUCGCCUUGCAUGACUGAUGGAAAGUGCACAAAACGAUAUCCGCGACCGUUAGUUGCUGAAACAGUUACAGGGAACGAUGGAUAUCCAGUAUAUCGUCGGCGUUCAAAAGAAGAUAAUGGUCGAACUAUCAAAGUUAAAGUUCAAAAUCAAGAGAUUGAGAUCGGAAAUGAAUUCAUUGUACCAUAUUGCCCGCUACUAUCACGAAUUUUCGAAACACAUGUAAACGUUGAGAGUUGUCAUUCGGCCAAAUCAAUCAAAUAUUUGUGCAAGUACGUCACAAAAGGCAGCGACAUGGCUGUGUUUGGUAUUGCGUCGGAAAAUGCGAAUGACGAAAUCAGCAACUUCCAAAUGGGCAGAUACGUCAGUACUAAUGAAGCACUGUGGCGAUUAUUUUCAUUUCUAAUUCAUGAAAGAUAUCCCACAGUUGUACAUUUAGCAGUGCAUUUGGAAAAUGGCCAAAGAGUUUACUUCACUGAAGCUAAUGCAGCACAACGAGCUGAGAGACCACCAUCGACAACAUUGACUAGCUUCUUUGCAAUGUGUGAAGCAAAUCCAUUCGCAGCGACGCUGAUGUACGUUGAAAUGCCCAAGUAUUACACUUGGAAUCAAUCAACAAAGAAAUUCCAACGUCGCAAACAAGGAACCCCAGUUCCAGAUUGGCCACAGGUGUUUUCCACUGAUGCACUAGGUCGCAUGUAUACUGUUCAUCCUGGAAAUGAUGAAUGUUUUUAUUUGCGACUGCUGUUGGUAAAUGUACGUGGACCAAAAUCAUUUGCGCAUUUGAAAACUGUGAAUGGCCACCAAUGCCAAACAUAUCGAGAAGCAUGUCAACUAUUGGGUUUGCUAGAGAACGAUUCUCAUUGGGAUUUAACACUUGCGAAUUCAGUUGUUUCAUCAAAUGCGUACCAAAUACGAACGCUGUUCGCAAUUAUCAUCACCACAUGUUCUCCUUCACAACCAAUUCAGUUAUGGAACAAAUACAAAGACGACAUAUGUGAAGAUAUCUUGCAUCGCUUGCGCAUUCAAACGAAUAAUCCUGACAUGCAAAUAACCGAUGAAAUCUACAAUGAAGGACUGAUUCUGAUUGAGGAUCAAUGCUUGACUAUUGCAAACAAGCUACUGAUUGAAGAAUUCGUUCAAAAUAAUGUGCCGUUGCGGAAUGAACAGCAAAAACCUGUAUACGAAACAUUAAUGCAAGCGGUGGACAAUAAUACUGGUGGUCUAUUCUUCCUGGACGCAUCUGGAGGAACAGGGAAAACAUUUGUCAUUUCAUUGAUUUUGGCCACUAUUCGAUCAACAGGUGCAAUAGCUUUGGCGUUGCAUCAUCUGGAAUUGCGGCGACUCUUCUAG